AUGUUGGACACCCAGUCUCGCGGCUCGCGAUACCUCCACUCUGUCCACCUCCACCUCGGACGCGAUCGACGUGACGCUGUACACCGCUGUACAAUGAAGUACAUCGCCCUCAUCGCUAUCCUUCCCGCCCUCGCGGCUGCCGAGCAUGUCCGUGGCGUCGAUCCUGCGUUCGAGGACAAGUACGCCCCUUCCCUCAGCGACUUCACAUGUCUCGACGGCUCCAAGAGCAUCCCCAUGUCAUCAGUCAACGACGACUACUGCGAUUGCCCCGACGGCUCCGAUGAACCCGGCACAUCAGCGUGCGAGGGAAGACCACACGCGUACUUUUAUUGUCGGAACGACGGACAUAUCCCCGCGCGUAUCUUGAGUUCCCGCGUCAACGACGGGGUUUGUGACGAGGCAUGCUGCGACGGCUCGGAUGAAUGGGCGAGCGGCGCCUGUCCGAACCGCUGCCAUGAUAUUGCAAAGGCCCACAAAGAGCGUAUUGAGCGCGAGGGCAAGAUUAGGCGUACUGGAGCCAAGAUCCGAGGAACAUAUGUUGCGUUUGCGCAGAAGGAGAAGAAGCGCCUGCAAGAUGAGAUUGCAGCCAAGCGGGUCGAGAUAGUGAAUUGCGAACGACAAGUUGCAGACACCAAGGCAGCGCUGGAGAACGCAGAGGCGCAGAGCCGCGACGACCUGGAGCGAAAGAAGUCUUCUCCACUGUACAAGGCGCUUGAGGAGCAUCGGGACGCAGUAAAGCGGUUACGCGACCAGCUGCAGGCGACACAGGACGAUCUCGGUACCGUCCUCGGUAUCCUCGACGAGCUUGCCAAGGGGUAUAACCCUAACGGACAGGAUAUGGCUGUCAAGGCCGCUGUUGUCGGAUACAAGGAGCUCAUUGGAAGCGUUGAGACUCCGGAAGCGGCGGAUGGAGAGGAGAAGGAGACUCCCGAGGCCAAACUGAACACUGUUCGCUCGCCGGAUGAGCACCUCUCUGGCUUUGACAUUGACCGUGUCGUCAACGUCGAUCUGGAGAGCCUGCUGGUUGAUAAUGUGAAUGACGACGACGACGACAGCCUCCUCUACAGACUCGAGGAGUACAUCCCUGACUCGAUGUACGAGUACUACUUCUCUGCUCGCGAGGCCCUUGUCGGCGCCCUCACGAGCAUGGGCGUGUUGAAGAAGACUGCGAUCAUCAACGACGGGCCGCACGUGGCCGCUGCGCGAGAGCGAUUCAACGCAGCCGAGCGCGAACUCAACACUGUCCGCAGCGCAAUCACCAGCGCCGAAGAGACGCUCGAGCUGAUCGGCAACAAGCACUGGUUCGGCCCUGACGGCGAGUGGAAGAAGCUCGACGGUACGUGUGUCGACACAGUCGCGGGCGACUAUACGUACGAGCUGUGUUUCUUUGGCCGCGCUACACAGAAGAGUAACAAGGACCACUCGAGCAACAACCUCGGCCACUUUGUCGAGUGGAACAAUGCUGCUCAGCCCGGCGAGUAUGCGUACUACACCAAGAUGGCGUUCCGCAACGGUGCCAAGUGCUGGAACGGGCCGAUGCGGUCUGUCAAUGUCGAGCUUGAGUGCGGUAAAGAGAACGCGCUGCUCGUCAUUACCGAGCCGGAGAAGUGCGAGUACAACUUCAAGGCGACUAGUCCGGCGCUCUGCUGGCCGCUGGAGGAAGUAGGUAAGGCCGCGCCUAAGGAGAACACCCAGGAGGAGGUUUCCAAGGACGACGCCGUCAAGGACGAGCUGUAG